CGGGCGGGAGUGCGCAUGCGCGAAGGCACCUCCCGGAAGCGGCGAGCGACGGGGAGCGCCGAGGGCCAGAAAGCCGGCGGGCAGCGGGGUGUGCCGUGCUGCGAGACCACGAUGGAGGACGAUGCGCCGGUGAUUUAUGGGCUGGAGUUCCAGGCACGAGCUUUAACACCUCAGACAGCAGAAACAGAUGCAAUAAGAUUUUUGGUUGGAACACAGUCUCUUAGAUAUGAUAAUCAGAUUCACAUCAUAGAUUUUGAUGAUGAAAAUAACAUUAUAAACAAAAACGUUCUCCUUCAUCAAGUGGGUGAAAUUUGGCACAUUAGUACCAGUCCUGCAGAUAAAGGUGUACUAGCAACCUGCUACAAUAAAACUUCAGACAGUAAAGUCAUGACAUGUGCUGCUGUUUGGAGGAUGCCGAAGGAAUUGGAAUCAGGCAGUCAUGAAUCCCCUGAUGAUUCAUCAAGCAACACUCAAACCCUGGAGCUACUCUGUCACCUUGACAACACAGCCCAUGGCAAUAUGGCCUGUGUUAUGUGGGAACCAAUGGGAGACGGUAAAAAGAUUAUUUCGCUGGCUGAUAAUAACAUAUUAUUGUGGGACUUGCAGGAAAGUUCAGCAAAAGCUGUGCUUUCUAGUUCUGUAGCCUUGGAAGGGAAAGGACAAUUAAAAUUUACUUCUGGAAGAUGGAGUCCACACCACAAUUGUACACAGAUUGCAACAGCCAAUGAUACCAUCAUUCGAGGAUGGGAUACACGAAGCAUGAGACAGAUCUAUUGCAUAGAAAAUGCACACGGACAGCUGGUACGAGACCUAGACUUUAAUCCCAAUAAACAGUACUACCUGGCUAGCUGUGGAGAUGACUGCAAGGUGAAAUUCUGGGACACAAGAAAUGUCACUGAACCAGUGAAGACACUAGAGGAGCAUUCCCACUGGGUCUGGAAUGUCAGAUACAAUCAUUCUCAUGAUCAGCUGAUCCUUACAGGAAGCAGUGAUAGCAGAGUUAUCUUGUCUAAUAUGGUAUCAAUUUCUUCUGAACCAUUUGGGCAUAUGGUAGAUGACGAUGAACUAAGUGACCAAGAGGACCAGCAUCAAGAAGAGAAGAUUUUUGUAUACAGGCCUUUCAGGAUUAAAGAGCCCCUUCAGGACAGUGUAAUAGCUACCUAUGAAGAACAUGAAGAUAGCGUAUAUGCAGUUGAAUGGUCCUCAGCAGACCCAUGGCUAUUUGCCUCUUUAAGUUAUGAUGGGAGACUUGUUAUUAACAGGGUUCCCAGAGCUCUUAAAUAUCACAUACUCUUAUAAUUUGUUUGGAUUAUGGUGGAGUUGUUAUCUUGAUGUAUGCAGCUGGUAGGUAUUGUUUAGGGGUUUGAUUUUUUUCAGGAUCUAUUUUUAUUAAGUAUAAAUGUUAAAAUUUUGUUGAGAACAUCUGUAGUAAUAUAGACAAUUUAGAUUUGUCUUUUGUAUUUGCCUUGGAAACGUGUGAUGCAUUUUCUGAAGGCUGUGCUAGUCAGAUGAUUUCCUUUUUUUUUUUUUUUUUUUGAGGGGCUAAUCACUGAACUAUAAAGUUUUGGAAAUAUUGGGUACUUCCCAUACUAUUGCUUUAUUACUUCAGUUUUAUGCUAAUACAGUGAAUUACAGGGGUGUUAUUGUGCUGAUAUAAAACUUGGACAAAGUAAGGUGCAUGUAGCAGAAGUGAUGUAUUCAUUUACAAGAAUAUUUUAUCUAUCAGAUAUAAGCAGCUGCCUGCUCUUAGAUAGGGCCACUUUCUGCUGUUCUGGUCAUUUUUCAAUGUUUAUAAAUAUAGCUGGGAAUGGUCUUAAAAGGCUUUCUUAAUUAAGUCUAAUAUUUUAAAUACUUUUUCUCCCAUUUUGCAUAUCCUAAGAAGAAAUGUUAAUUGUGAAGGUGAAGCCUUCAAAAUACAUUUUUCAUUUAAGCCUUAUGGUAGUAUCAACCAAGUACCAUCCUGUAAUUUGCAAACUAAAUGCAAUUUUGAGGUAUGUGUUGUUAUUAGAAACAGUAUUAGUCUUUACUGAAAUCUCUUAUAUACUCAUGUAAUAUCACAUGUUUCUAGAACGUAGUUGUGCUGUAAUAUAUUUUGAGGGACUCUGGAGCUAUGCCAUUGUUAAUCUGCAAAAUCUCUUCAAUAUUUGUAAGUAGUCUCUUUCUUAUCCUUUUGGCUCUGUGCCAUUCUGCAGUACGCUGACAUGAUGCAGCAGGCUUUCAACUAAGCACAAAAUAUCCUUUGCUGUAUCCUAUUCCUUCCAAUAUCUGACCUAGGUAUUGGUGACUGUCUUGUUACAAAUGCUGAGAAGAGGCAGAUGCUGCCCUGCAGGAGAAUGCACAGAAAACUUGCGAUGUAGAUGGAAGGCAUGGUGAAACGUGCCUGUGUAUACUGACACUCCCCUUCCUUUUGCAUUAAGAUGAAAAUUCUGCUGCUUGUUCUUUGUGUACUCAGAGUAACUGCAGCCAUAAUUAUUCCCUGUUGCCUUUUCAUCACUAUUAGAUUUCCCUUAAACUUCAGAAGCUGGGUAUGUGCAACAGUGUUGGUUGUGGUAGAAUUGUGUGAGACCGCUCUGAAGAAAUGGCAACAAACGGAUGGAAAGAUCAAUACCAGCCUCUUCCCGCGAUUCCUCCCGUUGCUAUGGCAACUGUUGCUGUUAGUGUUGAGGGACAGCCUGCUGCUCACCUCUGUUUGUCCUUACCCACUCUUGGAUCGAAACAUGUCCAAAUGUGAUUUGUUGUGUAUACACAGCUGCUUCUGUGAGAUCAGGCUUUGAGAGCGUGACUGACUGCUAUAGGCCAAAACAUCCAGAAAAGAUGAAAUUUGAAUUCUAUUUCUGGCUUUCUUAACGAGCAUGUUUGGAAGAAUUCAUAGGAGUGAAGUAAUACAAUUAAAUCAUCUGUACUAUUGUUUGUUUUGCGAUGCUGCCUGUCUGCUCCAGAAUAAAUGCUUCAUUGGAAAUUCUGAUCAUCUGAUAUUUUGCGUUAAGAUUUUGAAGUUGUGCUAUUUCAAAUUGUCUCAAUCUGUAAUUAGGCGCAAGUUAUUCACCUGUAUAGUGUAAGAAAAAUUAUAUUUCCAAAUCAGUAGUGCUUCAGUUGUCUGAAUAUCAAAAUCCUUGGUUGGGCUACAGCUUAUAUGUGGAGCUUUCAGUCUUCAGACACAAAACGUUGUUGGGUUCCUACCCCACUCCCAAACAAAAGCAAAAGCAAAACAAACAAACAAACAAAAAACCCCAGACAACCCUGCAGUAUAUCUUUAGUAUGCAGAAGAGCACUUUAAAAAACUUUAUUCAUAUUAGCAAUAAAGGUCUAAUGAAAUGUUAUUGUCUGUUAAUGUAUAUGGCUUGCAGUGUGAAGGUGAUGGGAAAUUAUGCAACUGUGUGGGAUUUGAUUUGGUUUUUAAUGUGUAAUAAAUGCAGGACAGAUUUCAGACUAA